CGCCUCGGCCUUGUCUCCGCACACUCCCACCACACACAUCACGCGCGCACCGCUCUCUCGCUCUCUUCGUCUCUCCGCUCAGUCGCCGCGCCAGCCCUUUGUGCUGCCUCCUCGUAAACAUCCACGCCCGUGCCCGUCCCGCCCAGCGCGUAGACCGGCUCUUCCUCUCCUGAAGCGCAGCGCGUAUUCUUCAGCCUCUUCACCUCUCGCCUCUGCUCUCCGCAUUCGUCAUGCGCUUCGCCUCGCUCUCCUUCUUCGCCGCGGCGCUGGCCGCACCCGCGCUCGUGGCCGCACAGGCAGCGUCCAGCACCUCGGGUGCCGCGGCGCCGCAGUCGACGUACAUCCCCACGUCGGGCAUCUCCACGACGUGCACUGGCUUCCUUGAGUCUCUGAACUCAGACGACAACCUCGCCACGUGCAUUGCGCCCCUCUCCAACGCCACCGACUUCUACGCGCAGGCGACGCGCGGGGCGAACCCGUCGCAGACGGCGCUCAGCGAGGGCCUCGACAAGCUCUGCACCGACGGCGACAAGUGCGACGUGGCGGCGAUCCGCAAGCGUCUCUUUGACUUCUUCGACCAGUGCAAGCCCGAGAUCCAGCAGAAGAACGAGGCCGUUCUCAAGCUCUACGACUUCCUCUACCUCAUCAUUCCCUUCCACCAGGCCGUGUGCACCAAGGGAGACGACGGAAAGUUCUGCCUGCUCAACACUGCCACGUCUGCCGCCACGAGCGCCAAGACGAAGCGUGACAUCGGCACGGACGACGAGCUCCUCUCGGGCGUGAAGCGCUCGCACGAGCACGCCGCGCUGCACGCGCGUCAGGCUGCCAGCGUCGACAGCACCGUCUCAUCGACGUCUGCCUCGAACAACAUUGCCUUCCUCUUCCUGCAGCCCACGGCCAAGAAGGAGGUGCUGUGCAGCAGCUGCACCAAGAACAUCCUCGCGGCCUACAUUGCCUUUGAGACGUCGAUCCCGUACGCCAUUGGUCUGGCCAACUCGGACCAGCUCAAGGGGCAGUCGGACCUCUACAAGGCGAGCCAGAAGGAGUGCGGCAAGGACUUCAGCAAGCAGAUCAACGUCGUUGCCGGCACGACGGACUUUGCAAAGGUCUCGAGCGCUCUCAGCCUGCCCGUCGCGAGCACCGUGGCGGCCGGUCUCUCGGCCAUCGCCGCGCUCGGCCUGGCGCUCUAGACCCUAGAGCGCGUCUACGACCCGACUUCUGCGCUCGAGCAUCGCGCUCGGCGCACUGACCGCCUCGAGCACUGGGUGAUCCUCUGCCCUGCUCCUCCCUUUCACUGCACAGGCUCUCUUCCCUCUCUCUCAUGUCCGGAUCGGCACCGCACCUCAGCGAGCCCGUGCCCACGUUAUUCCCCUCGUCCCUCUCUAUGCUCGUCGUUCUCGCUCCUUGUCUCCUUUGCGCCCCUCACUGUUCCCGUGUCCCUCAACUCUGCAGGCCACUCGUGCCUUUUGUCGUCACGCUGCUCCCUGCUCCUCCCUGUCACUCUAGCCUGGCGCCGUGUGCCUGCGAGAAGAGAGCGCGAUGAGAAAUGAAAGUGCAUGGG